AUAUAUAUAUAUAUAUACAUAUAUAUAUAGAUAUACGUAAGAUUCGUAUUUAACUCCUGCUCCUUUUCCUGCGAUCAUCAUCAUGCCGCCCACUCCGAAUAAAUUGAACUUGAGCUUUGCCAGAAACGCGUACAACGUGUUUGGAGCGCGCGGUACCAAUACCACUACUGACCAUCAGCGCGAGCAGAAAACGGAACUCUUAGAGGGUACCAAGAGUAAUGGUAUACUUCAUCUAAAGAAUGGCAUCGAUUACAUCAAUCCUGGUGAGGAAGAUCAAAUGGAAAUUUAUGGCUACAAAAGGAACAAAAUUUUUACCGUCAUUACAUGGUUCUUGAUUAUAAUCACCGGAGGCCUUCUUAGAUUAGUCUUUCAUUGGAUACCACACUUGAUGUUACUCGCGACUCAUUCCAAAUGUCAAUUAGAAACUGCAGACACUGUUUUACUGGUGGAGAGAUUUCAAGGAAAGCAUACGAGCUAUCAUGUGAAAAAAUUAAAGACUUUGGCCGCUGAAGAUAUAUUAAGCAAACCGUUCGAUGGAAAGUCAUUAUUGGAUAACGAACCUUGGAUGGAGAACGGCAGUAUGAUAACUAUCAAGGAAGUAAAAGAAGAAUAUCCGAGACUGUCGUUGCAUUUAAUCGGUGGACAAUUUAAACAGGUAUCUUCGAUCGUUCUUUUCCAUUGCAAAAAGUUAACUUACGUUUGGGACCCCGAGAGAUCCGAAUUUCUCAAGCUUCGAGGUUUGGACGCCGGUGUUCUGACUUCCACGUUGCAUCAAAUGCAAGGAUUGAAUUCACUUGAGCAACACAUGAGACGCAGCGUUUAUGGAAACAAUGAAAUCGUGAUUCCAGUAAAAAGUAUUCUAACUUUGCUUUGUCUCGAGGUUUUGAAUCCAUUCUACGUCUUCCAACUGUUCAGCUUCGGUCUCUGGGUUGCCGACAAUUAUUAUUACUAUGCCAUGGUUAUCUUGACCAUGUCCAGCAUUGGUAUAAUCAUGGCAGUCUUCCAGACUCGUCGAAAUCAACAUAACUUGCGAUCCACUGUACACUCUUCCGAUGUGGCCACGGUGAUAAGAGAUCGCACGACUGGGCAAACAGCGACCGUGCCUGCUGAAAAAUUGGUACCUGGUGACAUUUUGGUUAUUCCCUCUCACGGUUGUUUGAUGCCUUGCGACGCGGUACUUCUCACUGGAAAUUGCAUUCUGAACGAAUCCAUGUUAACCGGAGAAUCGGUUCCUGUUACGAAAACGCCUAUUCCUUCGUCCAACGAGGUGAUAUACGACACCAAGGAGCACGCAAGACACACUCUUUUUUGCGGUACCAAAGUUAUUCAAACCAGAUACUAUGGAUCGGAAAAGGUAUUAGCCGUGGUUGUUAGAACGGGAUUCAAUACCAGUAAAGGUGGUUUGGUCAGAUCGAUCAUGUAUCCUCCACCUGUGGAUUUCAAAUUCGAACAAGAUUCGUACAAGUUCGUAAUCUUGUUGGCCGGCAUAGCUAGUAUUGGCGUGAUUUACACCAUCGUGACAAAGGCUAUUAGAGGUGUCCCUAGCAACCACAUCGCUCUAGAGGCGUUGGAUCUGAUCACCAUAGUAGUACCUCCAGCCCUGCCGGCGGCUAUGACCGUUGGCCGUUUAGUAGCGCAGAGAAGACUCGAGAAGAACAAGAUUUACUGUACGAGUCCACGAACCAUCAAUGUAUCGGGAUCGAUCGAUUGCAUUUGUUUCGACAAAACCGGGACACUGACUGAGGAUGGCCUCGACAUGUGGGGCGUGGUAUCCUCCGUCGAUAGGAAGUUCCAGCCACCCGUUAAAGACAUCGCGUCUUUGCCCCUGAACGAUCUUCUAAUCGGAAUGGUAACGUGUCACGGAAUCACUAUAAUAGAGAAUCAACCCGUGGGUGAUCCGCUUGACUUAAAAAUGUUCGAGUCUACUGGCUGGACGUUGGAGGAACCCGAUGUGUCCGAUACGUCGAAAUUCUCUAUGCUUUUUCCUACGAUAGUACGGCCGCCGAAGGGCUCCAAGCUGCUGAAGAAACUACCCACCGAGAUAAGAAUAUCGCUCAGCCGGCAAAACUCCAUGUCUUCGGACGUGAUGGAUAACAUCUCGUUGAACAACCUCGAUACCACGUUGGCUGGUUCCACGACGGAGUUGGGGGAGCAAGGUUUAGAAAUUGGAAUCGUUCGUCAAUUUCCGUUCACGUCUAGUCUUCAGAGGAUGAGCGUGAUAACGAGGACGUUGGGAGCUAAUCAUUACGAUCUAUAUUGCAAAGGCAGCCCAGAAAUGAUACUCAGCCUUUCCAGAGCAGAAUCCAUUCCACCAGACUUUGGCACCGUGUUGCAAGAUUAUACUUCGGAAGGUUACCGCGUAAUCGGCCUCGCGCACAAAUCUUUGAACCGUCUUCCUUACGCCAAGGUUCAACGAUUGAGUCGCGAAUCCGCCGAGUCCGAUCUUACGUUCUUAGCGUUCGUGAUCAUGGAAAAUAGAUUGAAGCCGGAAACUACACCUGUGAUCAGUGCUCUAAAUACUGCCUGUAUAAAAACCGUUAUGGUGACCGGCGACAACAUGCUGACUGCACUGUCAGUCGCCAGAGAUUGUGAUAUCGUGAAACCAGGUACACCCGUUAUCGCAGUCUCUGCCACUCAACAGAAUCAGAUGAAGCCACAGAUCUACUUCACGAAGAGCAACAGUGAACCAUCAACAACGCACGCGGAUCUUAGCGAAAUGACCGAUCUGAACAGUGUUGCUAGCUUGGAAACGAUUGAGAGUGGCUUUGGGAACAACUUGCAACAUUCGCAAAAUAAAUACGUGUUUGCACUCACGGGCAAAACAUGGGCACUAGUCAAACAAUAUUAUCCGGAACUGAUUCCCAAACUUGUCACGCGUGGAGCAAUUUUCGCAAGAAUGUCGCCGGACCAGAAGCAACAACUCGUCCAGGAAUUGCAAUCUUUGGGAUACUAUGUUGCCAUGGUAGGCGAUGGGGCAAACGAUUGCGGAGCUCUGAAGGCAGCCCAUACCGGGAUUUCUCUCUCCGACACCGAAUCCUCGGUAGCAUCGCCCUUCACCAGCCGCGAAACCAACAUUUCCUGCGUACUUACCGUGAUUCGCGAAGGCCGCGCAGCCCUGGUCACUUCUUUCGGAAUUUUCAAAUACAUGGCGAGCUACUCGCUCACUCAGUUCAUCUCCGUGAUGUUGCUGUACGGUAUCGAGUCGAAUCUAACGGAUAUCGAGUUCCUCUACAUCGAUCUCUUCAUCAUCUCGAUCUUCGCAUUCUUCUUUGGCCGUACCGAAGCCUACGAUGGACCCCUGGUCAAGACAGCUCCACUCAACAGUCUUAUCAGUACCACUCCCAUUCUCAGCCUGGUGACCCAAAUUUUGAUCGUGGCAUUGUUUCAAUCCGUCAGUCUGUGGCACCUCGAGCAGAUGGAGUGGUUCGUGCCGUUCAACGCCACGCUCAAAGCGGCCGAGAACAAAGACGACGUGAGCUGCACGGAAAAUUACACAGUUUUCAUAAUCAGUUCCAUGCAGUAUAUCAUUCUGGCUGUGACGUUCUCGAAGGGUCAUCCGUACAGAAAGUCCCUGUUCACGAAUUACGGGCUGCUCACCUCGUUCAUCCUUCUCAGCCUCUUCUCCGUCUACCUCGCUACCUUCCCCUUCGAGUGGCUGAGCAACUGGUUCGAGCUGAUACUUCCGGACGAUGUUGGCUUUCGUUUCAUCCUGGUCGGAUACGGCGUCGCCAACUUUUUGAUCUCGUUGCUGAUGGAAUACGUGUUCGUCGACUACCUCGUUUUUAGGAAAUUACGCUACCGUUGGCACAACGUAGACAAAUCAAGGCGAAAGUUUCUCGCGAUCGACCGUGACAUGGCGCGCGACUUAAAAUGGCCACCGAUCUCCCAGGAGCCGUUGCCCGAAGCGGCGCCUGACAUUCUGAUCCGUCAGAACGUAACCGAGAUCAAGAUCGAGAAACGCGUGCCCGAGCCCUGCCAUCCGGCGGACACCAGUCUCAUGAACAAUCCCAUCUGCGCGAAUUUCAAGCACUUCGGCUCGGCAAGAGAGGUCACCCUGAAUCCCAGAUCUUUGUUCAACGAUCGCAGGAACACCAUGUCGAUGCAAACGGUCCCCUGCUUCGAGGACAGGGACACGGUUGCGAUGCAACCGAACACGGAGCUAACGGGGAAGAGAAGAUACAAUUCGGAAUCCGAGAAGGGGAUCAAUCGAUACGAAAAGCCGUUCAAGAGUCACAGCACCAAUCCGAUCGCGACCUUGCCCAGAAACUCGGCUAUGGCUCUUCAACCGCAGAAAUUGAGGGAUUUGAAAAACAUCUUGAUGCACAAAAGCGAAGACGGCUUGUCUCCCACUACACAAAGUGUCCUUGAACUCGAUAUUCUACCGUCAUAGAAGGGAGCGAAUCGAUUCACCUCGGAUUCGAAUCGAGCACACGGAUACUUUGAGCAACGAGCGAAAUAAAUAGAUUCAACAAACAAGCUGCAAUCGAGGAACAGGGCGUGGUUCGUUGUUCAAAGUAUCUGCACGAUUUCUUCUCUAGGAUUGGAUCGCCACGGAGAUGCAUCUCCGCUCAAUUUGUCAGUGCAUUUGUUGCCCCAUGACAAUGUUGCGACACGACAAGACUGUUUCAAUUGUUACAACCGUUCGAGAAAUUGUAAUUGUAAUUUAAGAAUCAAGAACAGAAUCGAAAGUGAUUCACGAUCCACCGAUCGAAACUGGCGAAUUCCCGACACGAUCUCUAUAAAUCUCUAUAAAUAUCGUUCACAAGAAUGCAUUUAGAAUGCCGCGGCGUUCACGACAGCUUGAUAACCGGCGAUGCUCGAUCGAGCACCUCGAUCGGGUCCCUUUUGACCCGAUAUUUCUUCGUCCUCCUCCUUUAUUAGUAUUCGAGCGUACCACUCUCAAACGAGAAAGUAUUAUCGUUAGUUUAUUUAACUUAGAAGAUGAAUUUUAACUCGCCCUGUUUAAGGCCAGGGUUUAAGCCUCUUCUCGUGGAAGAAGAACAGAUUUUUGACGCAGAUCGUACGACGUAGAUAGGUAGAUACUUUUUUCUUUCUUUCUUUUUUUUUUUCUUUUCUUUUUUUCCUUUUUUUCUCGGGAACUCUCGCGUUUAAACACCGUCUCUUUUCACUGCGGUUUUAAAGAUAUUUACUUAAAAUGAAAGAUGAUACUACACGGAUACGAGCUCCAUGUGACAGGAUGAAUCGAAAUUAAUUUUUUGUAAAUUAGAUUACACAACUGGUAGGGAAUUGAUACAUUUCCCGUUUUCACGACGAGCGUUUUUUUUUUUCUUUUUUUUAUUUUUUUCUCUUUUCUUGAUUGUUUUCAGUGAUUGAACGAUAUCUAGUCUGAUUUUCGUCGGCUCGAUGCCAACAAGUUGUUAUCAAAAAUAAGGAAAUGACGCUCGUUGACGAGCGUCGAUCAAUGAAGGAUCGUCGGAAAAAUUAUUUAUUAUUUCGUCGCGAAAGCGGGAAGCAUAGCGUAAUUCUUUUUUUUUUUUUUUUGUUGGUGUGCGAAGAUGAGAAACUAUAUCGUAGUUUAUCCCCAAGAUUAUCUUACUUAAUCGAACCUCGAGAGCCAACGCCUCCUACGAUCCUACAACGCAGAUGUUUGACAUUUCGUUGUCGCGGAUGCUUAUCGUUGAAACGAAUAAACGAGAAUAAAUGUGUACUUAUAUACGCGAUGAAAAUCACAUACUUAAAAAUAAAAAAAAUAAAAUAAAAAAAAAAAAGACGUUGCCCUGCUAUUAAGCAACGUAUUAUGCUUGCGUUGAGUUAUAUCGGUUGUCGAAUAACAAAAGUAUGUUUUUAAUGUAAAAA